CCAAAGUGUCAUCAUAUAUACACACACCAAGGUGUUUUGGAAUUUUAAUCAACCCUGAUCGCAGCAGGAUGCAGUCGUUGUCGUAUGUGUUCAUGGUCAUUGCCCUGGCCAGCCGUGCUACGGCAUGGAUGUUUGACGAAAAGGAUGGCAACGGGGCCGAUGAACACCCAGAAGGGCUUACCAGGGAACAGGUAGAUGCUCGUAUGGUCAAGCUGUUCAACAUUAUCGAUGAAAACAAGGAUGGUGAAGUUACAUCAACCGAGUUGGAGAAGUUCAACAGCCGCAACCUCCAGCGCGUGCAAAACAUGCAACUGGAACAGGAAAUGCAGAUGAUGGACAAAAACAAGGAUGGUUUCGUGGAUUUCGAGGAGAUUAGCAUAAGCUUCCCCCCGGAAGCUGGUACUCCAGAGGACUUCAUGGAAGGUCUACAACGUAGAUUCAACGUUGCCGACAAGGACGGUAACGGCAAGCUGAACAAGACUGAGGUCUACAUACUGCUUAACCCAGCUCAUGAUGAAUCGAUGUUAGACUUGGAAGUCAAGGAUAUCAUGCUAACUCAUGAUAAGAACGGUGAUGGACUCAUUUCAAUAGAGGAAUACCUAUCAUCCAAGCCUGAAGAGGAGCAAGAUGAUGAAUUCCUUGAAGCUGAGUUCAAGCCCUUUGAUCUGAACAACGAUGGAUUGCUUUCCAUCCUCGAGAUUAUCGCCGCAUUUAAAGAGGAGGCUAGGGACACGCUUGAGACCAACCUAGAGGACGUCAUAGCCAUCAUUGGUGAGGGACCAAUAGAUUUUGCCACAUGGAACAAACAUGCUUUGGAACUGUCCACUAGCUCUAUUACAGACCACGGGGAGCUCUUGAGGCAUCCGGAGGAUUACGACAUUGACUUGGCUGCUGACACCCGUGAGCGCAAGGGUCAAGACACUGCUGGCUACUCGAACACCGAGCUUUGAGUCGUGACUUAACAAACACUGUAUUAAUGUCACGUAUUGAGUGCUAUGACCCAGUAUAGUGGGACCUAAAGUGCUUAUAUAGUACC